UCACAUGGAUGUUAGACACUCAAUUUGAGAAAAUUAUAUUCUUGACAGACAGUAUCGCAGAACACUUCCACCGUACUAAUAGUGUUUGCAGAAAAAUAUUGGUUUAGCAAAAAUGGCAGCCUCAGCUAGGAUAUUUCGGCACGUGAAAGAUGGUUUGAAAUUGUCAUCAGUCCGUAACUAUAGUGUAAAUCCUGAUAUUUACCAAUCAACACGGCCAAACUUGCGCUUGAAUGCCAAUACAAAAGUGAUUGUGCAAGGAUUUACAGGCAAACAAGGAACGUUCCAUAGCAAACAAGCUUUGGACUACGGAACAAAAAUUGUUGGUGGUGUAUCGCCCAAGAAAGCUGGCACAGAACAUUUAAAUUUGCCGGUAUUUGGUUCGGUUCGCGAUGCAAAAGAAGCAACAAAAGCCGAUGCUUCUGUUAUCUAUGUACCACCACCGGGCGCAGCCGCUGCCAUUUUGGAGGCAAUUGAGGCUGAAGUGCCAUUAAUUGUUUGCAUUACUGAAGGUAUUCCACAACACGAUAUGGUUCGUGUUAAACAUGCAUUAGUUCGUCAAUCAAAGAGUCGUUUGAUUGGUCCAAACUGUCCAGGAAUCAUUGCUCCAGAACAAUGUAAAAUCGGUAUUAUGCCGGGUGCUGUUCAUAAAAAAGGAAUCGUUGGUGUUGUAUCACGUUCAGGUACCUUGACCUAUGAAGCUGUCAACCAAACAACUGAAGUUGGUUUGGGCCAAACACUCUGCGUUGGUAUUGGUGGUGAUCCAUUCAACGGAACCGAUUUCAUUGAUUGCUUGGAGGUCUUCUUGAAAGACCCAGAAACCAAAGGAAUCAUUUUGAUUGGUGAAAUUGGUGGAAAUGCUGAAGAAAAGGCUGCCGAUUAUUUAUUGCAACACAACCAGGGCAUUCGUGCUAAGCCAGUUGUAUCUUUCAUCGCUGGUUUGACUGCACCGCCAGGUCGUCGUAUGGGUCACGCCGGUGCUAUCAUAUCUGGCGGAAAAGGUGGAGCCCAAGAUAAAAUCGAUGCGCUCGAGCGUGCAAGUGUAAUCGUUACUAGAAGUCCAGCUCAAAUGGGAAGAGAAUUGCACAAAGAAAUGAAACGACAGGAAAUGAUAUAAUUCCAGAAAAUAUGAAAAUAAUGUCCACGGAAUACAACACACUUGCAUAUUAAAUUGAACAACAUAUUAUAUACAGCAAGAAAGAUCUCUUCAGAGGAAGACAUAUUUCCAAAGAAGCAAUGGGUAUAUAUUCAUAUCUAAACCAUUAACCGAUAUUUUAGAAAAAAACAUUUGACUAGUGAGGAUUCAAUAUUAUUGGACACCGAAAAAUUCAAUCAAUAUCUCUCAGUAACUUAUCAUCGUAUCAAUUCUACAGUUUGCCAUAAAAAGGGGGAUUGCUGAAAAAACUCCAAUUAUGAAAAGAAAAACAAAACACAUAAAUUGUAUCAUACAUAAUCAAAGUAUAGAUAUAUUUUCACAUUGAAUAAAACCACUAGUUAAAAGUGA